AUGCUGCUGGAUCAUUCCUCUCCUCUCUCAGGAUACAUUAAACUCUUGUUCCUGGCCUUAGCUGUCCUUGUCGUCCUGGCUCAGGCUUCCCCAGAUGGAUGGGUCAAAAGGUGCAGUUAUAGAACUGGCAGAUGCAGGGAAUUUUGCAAAGAAAAUGAGAAGAGGAAAGAAAGAUGUGGGGCAAGAAAAUUUUGCUGCAUCCCCGCAUUUAAGCAUAAGCCAUCAGAUAGUCUCGUGAAACAAGAGACACCGUAUAAGGCUAUGGUUUCCCCUCUUGCUGGAAAGAUUCUUCUUGAAAACCAGACUUAG